GCUCGAUACUUAAGACAAGAAGUUCGAGAAAAAGCCCAAGAUAUUAAAGAUGACCUUGGAGGGAAAGUAGAAUCUGCAGCCCAAGAAGUGCAGCGCUUAGGACAAGAAGUUCGAGAUGAAGCCCAAGACAUUAAAGACGAACUCGGAGGGAAAGUGGAAUCUGCAGUACAUGAAGUGCAGCGCUUGAGGCAAGAGCUGGGUAGCCGACCCGAUUCCUCAGCUGGAGGUCAGCUUGUUGAUUUUUUCUGUAUAUCUAUUACUAGUAAAGUAUUUUCCCUCUAACAUAGGCACUUGCAAAACGUAUCAGGGUUACCUGUACGGUGCACAUUGUGCACAUAUUUUGACAGAAACGGCUUCGUAUAUUUUUGAAGCAGAGAAAUGUCAAUUAUCCAUUGUUACUUAAUGACCACUCAUGAUAAUUGUCUGUUUUGCCUCUGUUGUAAAUUGAUAGUCACUGCAAUGACUCUCUUUCCCUUACAGUUAAAAUUCAAAUGCGGAUUGAUUGUGAGACCAUCCCAGACCCUCAUUCGCGACUUGAGACAUCAGGGACAUUGGUUACAGAUAGUCAGGGUACCCAAGCUUGUGAUGACGAGCUGGUAGUUACUAGAACGUCAGAAGGAAGACCUGGGGGCACACAGGAUAGCCAGGCAGGGAGCCGCGAGAUCGUAGUUAUUGGAAGUGAUGAACUACCCUCUUCACAAGGAGUUUUGAAUUUUAUUGCGCACAGGUACUUUCAGACAGUCAACACAACC